GGGACAUACCCGGUUUCUCUGCAGUGUAGUAGUGAGGAGGAGCAGCUCCAGAAUUGUAAGCCAACUUUUUCUGGUGUUUGCAUGGAUGCACAGUUUCUCUAAACUUUUUUUAAAAAACAUAUUUAAGGUUUUAAGAGCGACCACCAUGAACACAAACUUUAGAUUAUAAGGAUAGACUGAACAUAUAAAACCUUCUGCGGAAGGAAAUCCAAAACUUGGAAAAGCUGCUUUUUUGUGUGUGAGAGACAGAGUCUGGGGCUGGGAUACCACCGCUGCUGCUGCUGCUCGGGUGUCUGGGCUGAAGGGGAGAAUCUCAGUGAGGCUUCACAGGAUGGCAGAGUUCAAAAGGAGAUGAAAAGAGGAGAGCAAAGGAGGUCUGUGUGCGGAACUUGAGAGCUGCAGAAGUGAUUUGGUCCUGGGCUCUGUCUGCACUCUCGGACUGGAGCUGACAAUGAAGAUGAACAUGCAGUGCAGAUGGAUUGGUCAAGACAAAGAUACAGAGCUUCCUGUUUGCGUCUGAUGGAUUACAGUGUUUUUUAUGAGCUGCUGACAUGAAUUCAGAGGCUGGUGAGAUGUGGGAGUGCUCAUCUUCAGGAGAAAUCUGAGACCUGGAUGAGCCUUCAAGCACGGUGAGAGCAUUUUAAGUGAAGGAGGCGCACCAUGGACUUGUUGUGGUCUGCCAUCAGACCCAUUAUGUCCUUUUAACCCAUUUGUAGCACCCUCUACCCCUACCCCAUGUCACAUCUUUCCCUGAAUUAUGGAAAUUUUGUGGAAGACGCUGACUUGGACACUGAGCCUGGUGGUGAUGACUGCUUCUGAAUUUCAAAGUUUCAACAAACUCUCACACAACUCCCAAGAGGAGUUCCUGUCCUACCUGCAGCACUACCAGUUGACUGUCCCGGUGCAGGUGGAUGAGAAUGGAGAGUUCCUGAGCUACACUGUGAAGCACCACCGGCCAGGCCGACGGAGACGGGGGGCGGUGGAUCCGAUGAUGGGAGCCCAGCCCGCGUUAGACCCACUGGAGCCCCGACUGUUCUACAGACUGUCAGCCUAUGGAAAGCACUUUCACUUAAACCUGACUCUCAACCCCCACUUGGUGUCAAAACAUUUUACAGUGGAGUACUGGGGUAAAGAAGGGCUGGAGUGGCGGCAUAAUAUGGUAGAUAACUGUCACUAUAUUGGAUUCUUGCAAAAUCAGCACAGUACAACUAGAGUGGCACUCAGCAACUGCAAAGGCCUGCACGGUGUUAUUACAACAGAGGAAGAACAGUAUUUAAUAGAGCCUUUAAAGAACAUAUCCUCAACCACCUCUGGUGAAUGGAACCUGGAAGAAGCACAGCAGCAUGUUAUUUAUAAAAUGUCUGCCAUUCCCUCACCACAAGAGCAUAGCCAGGAGUUCAGCUGUGGCAUUUCAGACCUCAUUAAAACCAGUGCACCUUGCCAGCUUAGCACGCCUUCGCCCCCAAACUACAGCAAGCUGUCAAACAGCACCCACAGACAGAAGCGAUCCAUCAGCACUGAGCGCUUUGUGGAGACGCUUGUGGUUGCUGAUAAAAUGAUGGUCGGUUACCACGGACGCAAAGACAUUGAGCACUACAUCCUGUCCGUAAUGAAUAUUGUUGCCAAACUUUACCGUGAUGCCAGCCUAGGAAAUGUUGUGAACAUUAUUGUGACCCGGCUGAUUGUUCUGACUGAAGAUCAGCCAAAUCUGGAAAUUAAUCAUCAUGCUGACAAGUCUCUGGACAGUUUCUGUAAGUGGCAGAAGUCCAUCCUGUCUCAUCACAGCAAUGGAAACAGUAUUCCAGAGAAUGGGAUGGCUCAUCAUGACAAUGCUGUCCUAAUCACCCGGUAUGACAUCUGCACCUACAAGAACAAACCUUGUGGUACCUUAGGUCUGGCCUCAGUGGCUGGAAUGUGUGAGCCAGAGAGGAGCUGCAGCAUCAAUGAAGACAUCGGCCUCGGUUCUGCUUUCACCAUUGCGCACGAGAUUGGCCACAAUUUUGGGAUGAACCAUGAUGGGAUUGGGAAUUCUUGCGGUACCAAAGGUCACGAGACAGCCAAACUGAUGGCUGCUCAUAUAACAGCCAACACCAACCCUUUCUCCUGGUCUGCCUGCAGCAAAGACUACAUCACCAGCUUUCUCGACUCAGGUCGGGGGACGUGUCUGGACAAUGAACCUCUGAAACGAGACUUCCUGUACCCAACAGUGGCCCCGGGGCAGGUGUAUGAUGCAGAUGAGCAGUGUCGCUUCCAGUAUGGAACCUCUUCACGCCAGUGCAAGUAUGGGGAAGUGUGUAGAGAGCUCUGGUGCCUUAGCAAAAGCAACCGUUGUGUAACUAACAGUAUUCCUGCUGCAGAGGGGACCCUGUGCCAGACAGGCAACAUUGAGAAAGGGUGGUGCUACCAGGGGGAGUGCGUUGCGUUUGGUACCUGGCCUCAGAGUGUGGAUGGAGGCUGGGGACCAUGGUCCAUUUGGGGGGAGUGCAGCAGGACCUGUGGGGGCGGUGUAUCCUCCUCCAUGAGGCACUGUGACAGCCCAGCCCCAUCUGGAGGAGGCAAGUACUGUCUCGGAGAGAGGAAACGAUACAGAUCCUGUAACACUAACGCGUGCCCUGUAGGAUCUCGUGAUUUCCGAGAGAAGCAGUGCGCUGAUUUUGACAACUCCCCUUUCCGCGGGAAGUACUACAACUGGAAGCCUUACACUGGGGGUGGUGUGAAGCCCUGUGCGCUGAACUGCUUGGCAGAAGGCUAUAACUUCUACACUGAGCGGUCUCCUGCUGUCAUAGAUGGCACCCAAUGUCAGGCUGACUCGCUGGACAUUUGCAUCAAUGGAGAGUGUAAGCAUGUUGGCUGUGACAACAUACUCGGCUCAGAUGCCAAAGAAGACAGAUGCCGUGUGUGUGGAGGGGAUGGCAGCACCUGCGAGGCCACAGAGGGACUCUUUAACAAGUCUCUACCCAGAGGAGGCUACAUGGAGGUGGUUCAAAUCCCAAAAGGUUCUGUUCACAUAGAAAUCAAAGAAGUGACUAUGUCAAAGAACUAUAUUGCUUUGAAAUCUGAAGGGGAUGAUUAUUACAUCAAUGGAGCGUGGACUAUUGACUGGCCCAGGAAGUUUGAGAUUGCAGGGACAGCCUUCCACUACAAGAGACCCUCUGAUGAACCAGAGUCUUUAGAAGCGUUGGGUGCUACCACUGAAAAUCUGGUUGUCAUGGUCCUCCUUCAAGAGCAGAACCUUGGAAUACACUACAAGUUCAACGUCCCCAUCCAGCGCACAGGGAGUGGUGAUAAUGAGGUGGGCUUCUCCUGGCACCACCUGCCCUGGUCUGAAUGCUCAGCUACCUGUGCCGGAGGUUCUCAGAAGCAGGAGUUAGUCUGUAAAAGGCUGGACGACAACUCAGUGGUACAGAACAACUACUGUGACCCAGACAGCAAACCUCCAGAAAACCAGAGAGACUGCAAUACUGAGCCGUGUCCUCCAGAAUGGUUUAUUGGCGACUGGUCAGAGUGUCCGAAGACGUGCGAUGGCGGGAUAAGGACGAGGACAGUCCUCUGUAUCAGGAAGAUUGGUCCCGCUGAGGAGGAGACACUGGAGGACACUCACUGUUUGACUCAUCGGCCUAUCGAGAGAGAGUCCUGCAACAACCAGUCCUGUCCUCCAAAGUGGGUCACCCUGGAUUGGUCUGAGUGCACACCUAAAUGUGGUCCUGGCUUUAAGCACCGCAUUGCCUUGUGUAAGAGCAGCGACCUCACCAAGACCUUUCCGCCUGCCCGCUGCUCGAUCCAUAACAAACCUCAAGUCCGAAUGCGCUGCACUUUAGGGCGCUGUCCUCCUCCCCGCUGGAUCCCUGGUGAAUGGGGACAGUGUUCAGCACAGUGUGGUCUGGGCCAGCAGAUGAGGACGGUACAGUGUCUGUCCUACACAGGACAGCCAUCGAAUGACUGCGCAGAGUCCCUCCGACCAGCCACCAUGCAGCAGUGUGAGAGCAAGUGCGAUGCCACCCCGAUCUCCAGUGGUGAUGAAUGCAAAGAUGUAAACAAAGUGGCUUAUUGCCCGCUGGUACUGAAGUUCAAGUUCUGCAGUCGAGCAUACUUCAGACAGAUGUGCUGCAAGACAUGCCAGGGGCACUGACCCUUUGAAUACAAGAGCGAGACAAGAAGAUGCCCAUAAAGGCAAGAAAGAUGGAGGGAUACAGUGCUUAAGAGGGUGAGAAGAAAACAGCAGACUGGAAAAUGCAUCCCGACUCUGAACCAGUGGAAGAAUGAAAAAGUUGUCAAUGUUGAAGACGGGAGAAAAGUGAGGAUUUCCCUGUUUAUCACACCCCAUACUCCUGCCCUCUGUCGUGGUGGAAUCUAAACCACUGCUCAGCCCAUAAUGCUGACACAAACAUUAUUUUUUUGUUUUUUACAUUUUCACUUCUGUGAAGUGGAACUCGGAAGAUUAACUGUUGGUGAUGUUAUCUUUUAUUAUAAUAAUAAUUAUUAAUAUCAUUGUUAGUCUUCCUCAGUGUUUGUUUUUUUUUACGAAUCCAAAGUGCUGGACACAUCGCUCACAGAGGAUGUACCCCGGAGAUUAGAAGAGGGGGGAUGGGAGACUCCUGUCUUUGGGAUGACUGUGAUGGUGCUAAUGGCAGAGCAGACUUCUGGCUUCGGUGCACUUUUUUUCAUGUAAAUACCAAUUUACUGCUCAAAUGCAACAGAGAAUCCCUGUUGGUGUACUGUAUAUUUAUUGUACAAUCCAAAACAGAGCUGAUAUAUUGUCCUCUGAUCAUCUUUUUGCCAGAUAGUAGCCUACUGUUAUGGAAGGGAAUGUAAUGUGAUUGAAUUCAUAUUCAGUUUCUUUGUGCUUGAGUGAAAAUAUUACAUACUGUAACAUAUGUUAAACCCUUGUAUACUGUAAGGAUUUGUAUAUUAUAUAUAUAUAUGUUAAUCCAGGGCCAAAAAAUACACCGUGGUUAUUGGAGAUUUUUAAAUCCUCCCCCCUCCCCAGCUGGGUGCCUUAGUUCUUAACAGUCAGGUAAAAGUUCACCCAAAAUCACCAAAGUCAUCUUUUCAAAUGGUGCCUACGCCACAUGAAAAAUUAGUGACCAGACCUUUACUAGCAUCUUACUGAGUUUAGUAGUAAAGGAUUUAUAUGUUUUGUUCAUCUGAGUCAAAGUGCAGUCACCAUUACAUACUCUCUUUAACCUCCUAAGACCCGAACUCUUCCACGGCAUGCAUUUUUAAUUUCUCUUUGAUAUUUGGGCAUAUUGGGGCCCAAUGAAUGUAAAAACAAAGAAUUACCAGAUUUUUUUUUUUUU